CCGGCGCCCACACUCCUAGUGACACCAUCAUGGCCGUAGUCAGUGAGAAAACUAAGUUUACCCCGCCUGAUAACUUGGGCACCAAGUACAGGGUGGAGGAGGUGGAGAGGUUCGUGGUGGCGGCCAUGGCGUCCCUGGGGGUGCCCCCGCACAACGCUCGCGCCCUCGCCCAGGUCCUUGUCGCUGCCGACGUCCGCGGACACUACAGCCAUGGUCUCCACAGGCUAGAUCUGUAUGUAAACGAUGUGAGGGCGAGUAUUUGUGAGGGCGGCGCGUCCCCCACUAUAGUGAAGGAGAGUGCGUCUACAGCUCUGGUGGAGGGCAACAAUGGCCUGGGGCCCGUGGUGGGCAGCUUCUGCAUGGACCUGGCCAUCACCAAGGCUCAGGCCACUGGCGUUGGCUGGAUUUGUGCUAAAGGAAGCAACCACUAUGGCAUUGCGGGCUGGUACACGAUGAAAGCUGCUGAACGUGGACUGGUGGGUAUGAGCUUCACAAACACUUCACCGAUUGUCGUCCCAUCACGUAGCAAAAAGCCAUGCCUUGGAACGAACCCUUUAUCAGUAGCAGCGCCUGCCAGAGGUGAUGAUAGCUUCGUACUGGAUAUGGCGACCAGUGUUGUGGCACUUGGCAAGGUGGAGGUUGCACAAUUAUAUAACAAAGCCAUGCCAGAAGGAUGGGGCUUAGACAAGCAGGGCAGGACGACGACGGACCCCGCCGCCUGCCUGGACCACGGCUUCCUCCUGCCCCUCGGGGCAACCGAACUGCACUCCAGCUACAAGGGCUUCGGUCUCGGCAUGAUGGUCGAGAUACUUUGUGGCAUUAUGUCGGGAGCACCUUAUGGUCAGAAUUUAAACACCCGGAACAGAUCCUCCGUCCCAGCAGACCUCAGUCAGUGUUUCGUUGCCAUCGACCCAAGCUUCUUUGCCUCUGGGUUCCAAGACCGCAUGAGUGACUUUAUGGAUCAAUGUCGCAACAUGGAGCCUGUUGACAAGAGCAGACCAGUACAGGUGCCGGGUGACCCAGAGCGGGCCAACGCUCAGAAGGUGAAAUCGGACCAAGGUAUAACUUACCAUAUCAACCAAGUCAGAGAAUCUUGGCAACUGGCACAGUUUCUUGGAAUAUCACCGCUGGAGUGGCUGUGAUCCUUAGGACCUGGAAACAAAUCAACAAACAACUACGUGUAAUGCUACGUUCACACAUGUCAAAACUAAUAAUAAUAAUUGCCGGCCCUGUGGCGAAGUGGUAAGACACUUCCCUGCCAUGUCGCGAGCGCAUUGGCCUUGGUUUGUAUCCUGGUCGGGGAGGAUUUACUGGGCAUCAGUCAUUAACUGUAGCUCUGUUUACCGAGCAGUAAAAUGAGUUCCUAAACGAUUUGUUAAUCGUUUCGGAUGUUAAUAGAUUUGGCGUAUCGUAUACCGGGGAGAAUUAGGAUUAAGGACCUGCCCGAAACGCUAUGCGUGCUUGUGGCUGUACAAGAAUGUAAGAACUCUUGUAUAUAUAAAUAACAAAUAAUAAAAACAUUUUGUUGAUAUAAAAUAUUUGAGGAUCUCAGUAAAAAAUUGCAUAGUAAAUAUUUGUUCUUCUUAAAGUGCCAAUAAUCACUCGCAGCAUUCCGGGAAAAAUUAUAAAUAAAAGGCUUUUGAGCAUCAAUUAUUGUUAUGUUAAUGUAAAAGAAUUACUGAAUGAUGUCCGUUAGCAAAUCAAGAGACAUAAUGAAUGUGGGUAGAGCCAGUGGUGGUGCGGACUAGCUGAGGUAAUUACCUAAGUGUAGUUACAGGAUGAGAGCUAUGCUCGUGGUGUCUUCCCUUCCCAGUACUCUUUGUCAUGUAGUGCUUUGAUGAUGUUACUCCCUCUAUGGUGAGUGGGUCGGUGGACUACUUGCCAGUUUCCAUGGUGUCACAAGUAAGUAUUUACUAUUUGUAUCUGCAGAACUGAGCUAUUAGCUCCUGGACCCCGCCUUACUAAUCAAAUUUGUUCCUCUAUUAUGUCUACUUCAAAUAUUUCUCUUACACACACGCAUUCCCAAGAAUGCGUGCGUGUAAGACUCCCUCAUAGCAGCUGUCUAACUCCCAGGUAUCUGUUUACUCUUAGGUGAACAGGGUCAACAGGGUGAAAGGAACUCUUUUAUUUCUGCCUCUUCCGGGUAUCGAACCCGAGCCCUUAGAACUAUGACCCCAGAGCACUGUCCACUCAGCUGCGAGGCCCCUGUAGUCCUCCCCAUGCGAUGAGUUGUGGCGGUGGGUGGGAGUUGCUAAUGCACUUCGGAUGAGAGCAAAGGCCGUAGCCGCCCCGUCCUGGUCAGCCAGGGUAGACCUGAUGCCAGUGGUCUCAGCGACACAUGGUAGAGGCCCCGGGUCCUUAGCGCAUAUCUCUCAGGCCAGCCCUAUGACCCACAAGACUCGUUUAAAAUAAUAUUAAUUUAUUACACAGAAAGUAAUAACACUAACGUGACUGCAUCAACGAGAAAAUCCGUAGGAGCCAUGAUGAGGGUUCGAACCUAUGCGGCGGGUGUUCCCACUCACAUGCUCUAGAGUUAGAUGACUAGACUGUAAUUGAAGGGGGGAAGGAUAGGAAUAAAUAGAAAAAAAAUUAUUAGAUGGAAAAAGAGUGGAAGAGAGGCGGUAAUUAAGAUAUUUAGAGAAAAGGUAAAGCUGAGAAAGAAUUAGAGAUGAAAAGAACGGUUUUCAAGAUAGUAUUAGGGAUGAAAUGAAAGGAUUAGUAGAAGGGAAAGAGAAGAGCACAGAGCUGCCACCAUCCAUUUAAAAUAUAUUUUUCGACGAGAAAUGGAACUAGUCUCGGGGGACAUUUGAAUGGUUUGGGAAAAGUUGUUCAAUGUCAACAAAUAUUUUUUGACUAGUUGUAUAUAAAAAGAGCUGCAAUUGUUCCAAGUUUCAGUACUGCAGCCUAAAUAGAAGGGGAUAUUUUUAAUUUUUUUAUUUUUUUUCAACGAAUUUUACACAUUUUCAAGGUUAAAAUUACAACCACACCUUUCAAAUAUAUUCAUUUUACGACACUUUUCUGACACAUUAGCAUAUAAUCAAGGAUCUCAAGUUGGGGAUGUUCCAAAACAUCUUUAGUUUUCCUAAUGCAAAUAGUCAAAGUUCCCCCAAAAAUUAUGCAAAUAUAUCAUGUUUAUUACUAUUUAUAUAAUCAAUAAAUGAACUUAGGAAAAAACACUUCAAUACGAAUUUAGAGACAUACACUUUACAUACAAGGUGUAAGUUUCAUGUAAACUGAAUAAAAAAUGAGAGAGAAAUUUAAACGUUUAUGUUACUUGUAAAUAAAUAAGAAAAAAUAAAGUCUAAGAUGUUGCCAUAUGUGAUUUGAAGU